GCACCGAAUGUUGUUUUCCUUCUCGUUCCCAUAUUCUUCAAACAUUUGAGGAAAAUUUUAUCAUUCACGUUUGGAUUUUGAACAAAAAUAGAGACACGCACGCUCGGUGAUUGACGAAAACAGAGAAGAUGAAAGGUUUUAUUCAAACCUGCCUAUCAUCCAUGACAGAAUGGAACGGAGUCCAAAGGAGAGGCCAACCGGAGGGUUUGCCUCGUCAGAGAAGAAAAGAACCAAGGCGUCGUCGGCGCACAGCGAGAGCGAGGAUGGGUUCGCCGUCGACGGUGGCUGACACCAACAAGAUAGCGGUGAGGUCGUCGAUUGUGGAGUCCCUUCGCGGCUGCGGUCUCUCCGGCAUCCGGAUUGACAAGGACGAGUUGAAGAAGCAGCUCACCAUGCCUCAGUACCUGCGCUACGCAAUGCGCGAUUCAAUUCGUCUCAAGGACCCCGCCGCCGGCGAGUCACGCUACAUCAACCGCAACGACGGCGAGGACUCCGCCGCUCCGCCCUGUCCCAUGGUUGUCUUCAUCAAUCCCCGCAGCGGCGGCCGCCACGGUCCCGCUCUCAAGGAGAGGCUCCAGCAACUCAUGAGUGAGGAGCAGGUUUUUGACCUUUCAGAUGUGAAGCCUCAUGAGUUUGUACGGUAUGGAUUGAGUUGCCUGGAGAUGUUGGCAGGUCUCGGUGAUUCUUGUGCCAAAGAAACUCGUGAAAGAAUCAGGGUUAUGGUUGCUGGAGGUGAUGGUACAGUUGGUUGGGUAUUAGGAUGUCUUACAGAACUUCGCACUCACGACCGAGAGCCAGUUCCUCCGGUUGGGAUCAUACCACUGGGGACAGGCAAUGACCUGUCUAGGAGUUUUAAUUGGGGUGGGUCAUUUCCGUUUGCAUGGAGGUCUGCUAUUAAGAGAACUCUACAAAGGGCUACUACUGGGCAAGUUAACCAUUUGGAUAGUUGGCGGGUUUCACUUUCUAUGCCAGAAGGCACAAAGGUGAAGCUACCACAUUGUUUGAAGCAUACAGAAGAGCUCACUCUUGAUCAGGGUUUUGAAAUUAAGGGAAAACUACCAGAGAAAGUUGCAAGUUAUGAAGGCGUGUACUAUAAUUACUUCAGCAUAGGAAUGGAUGCCCAAGUGGCUUAUGGCUUCCAUCAUCUACGCGAUGAAAAACCUUACCUUGCAAGUGGUCCAAUUUCAAAUAAGAUUAUAUACUCAGGUUACAGUUGCACACAAGGCUGGUUUUUCACACCUUGCGUAAGUGAUCCAGGUCUAAGGGGACUCAAAAACAUUAUGCGGAUUCAUAUCAAAAGGAUCGAUAGCUCAGAGUGGGAGCAGAUUGAUAUUCCUAAUAGUGUAAGGGCAAUAGUUGCUUUGAAUCUUCAUAGCUAUGGAAGUGGAAGAAAUCCAUGGGGUAAACCAAAACCAGAAUAUUUGGAAAAGAGAGGCUUUGUUGAAGCUGAUGUUGCCGAUGGGCUCUUGGAAAUAUUUGGUUUAAAGCAUGGAUGGCAUGCAUCGUUUGUCAUGGUUGAACUGAUCUCUGCAAAGCACAUAGCUCAGGCAUCAGCUAUUCGGUUGGAAGUGAGAGGUGGACAGUGGAAGAAUGCCUAUAUGCAAAUGGAUGGGGAGCCCUGGAAACAGCCAUUGAGCAAGGACUUCUCCACUUACGUCGACAUAAAGAGGGAGCCUUUCCAGUCACUUGUUAUCAGUGGAAAGUAAUUAUUAGGUGGUUGGCUUUGGCUAUACUCCAUAGCUGGGAUUCAUGGAAAGAUUGUGUAUUCUACGUAAUCUUAGGUACCGGCUCUCCAUUACAUGGAAAGUUUGAUGUUGUAAAAGUAAUUCUUUUCUUUUAUUGCGAAAAUCGUGUUUUGUGAUUAGUGAGUUAUUCUUUGAUGGUUUCCAUAGCUGGUUGUAGUCAUGGAAGGCAUUUGUAUAAUAUGUAAUUGAGGGCGUUGCGCACCAUUAUAUUUAUAUGGAAUAACUAUUGUGGAAAUUCCCAAA